AUGGCGGCCGGACAGGGGGGCGGUGGCGGCAAUGGCAACGGCGGCAACGGCGGCAACAGCAGCAGCAGCAGCAGCAGCAGCGGUGCUAGCAGCAGUAGCAACAACAGCAUCACCGCCGCCAAUGCCAAUGGAGCGGGGGGACUGGGGAUCCCUGCUCAUCUCACACUCUCCUUCUCCGCUGGGCCGCACUGGGGCGCGGCGACUCUGCCGCAGCCCCACACAGUCCGCAGCCUGGACCGGGCCCUGGAGGAGGCGGGCAGCUCGGGCAUCCUCUGCCUCAGCGGGAGGAAGCUACGCGACUUUCCCGGCAGCGGCUACGACCUCAGCGACACCACGCAAGCAGAUCUUUCAAAGAACAGAUUUACUGAAAUUCCUCCUGAUGUCUGGCUGUUUGCACCACUAGAGACUUUGAAUUUGUAUCACAACUGCAUCAAAUCCAUUCCAGAAUCUAUCAAAAACCUGCAGAUGCUCACAUACCUGAACAUCAGUCGAAAUCUUCUAUCAACGUUGCCAAAAUACCUGUUUGAUCUUCCACUGAAAGUUCUGGUUGUCAGUAAUAACAAGCUGGUCUCCAUUCCAGAAGAGAUUGGGAAGCUGAGAGAUCUGAUGGAGUUGGACAUCAGCUGCAAUGAACUUCAGGUUCUUCCCCAGCAGAUAGGAAAAUUACAGUCACUUAGAGAAUUAAACAUAAGAAGAAACAAUCUCCAUAUGUUGCCAGAUGAACUGGGAGACCUGCCCUUGGUAAAGCUGGAUUUUUCCUGCAAUAAAAUUACUGAAAUCCCCAUUUGCUACAGAAAACUACGUCACUUACAAGUGAUAGUUUUGGAUAACAAUCCAAUGCAGAUACCACCAGCACAGAUCUGUUUAAAGGGUAAAGUACAUAUAUUUAAAUUCCUCAGCAUCCAGGCGUGCCUCAGAAUAGAUAAAAAGCCAGAUUCCUUGGAUCUUCCCUCCUUAGGUAAACGAAUCCCCUCCCAGCCACUCACAGACAGCAGCAUGGAGGAUUUUUAUCCCAAUAAAAAUCACGGACCAGACUCUGGCAUUGGAAGUGAUAAUGGCGAUAAAAGGUUGUCCACAACAGAACCAUCUGAUGAUGACACCAUCAGCCUUCACUCCCAGGUAUCAGAAUCAACAAGAGAACAGACAUUAAGGAAUGACAAUCAUGUCAUGGGAAGUAAACUCGAUCCACAGAAAGACCAGGAGGUUUAUGAUUACAUUGAUCCGAACGCCGAAGAGGGAGCUGUUCCUGAGCAGAGAGAUGUACAGAUUGGACCAUUGCUGUCUUACAUCAAGGAACGUGGGAAACAUCCUGAGAAAUCCCAGAAAGUAGAGCAGAAUGAGGACUGGGCAGAUGAAAAAAGACCUCAGAAAGAGCAGCUGCUGGCUGAAGAUGAUGAUGAACUCAAAGAAGUGACUGACUUGAGGAAAAUAGCAGCUCAGUUACUGCAGCAGGAACAAAAACACAGACGAAGGCCUUUAAGCUAUAGAACUUCAUUCAGUGAAAAACUCUUCCAGAGGACAAGGGCAGCAGGACGUGCAUCAAGGCUUCUUAAUCAUUCAGUUUCAGUAAAUGCAAGGAACAGGCCAAAGCAGCAAAUGGAGCCUGAGAAAUGUGUCUCAGCAGAUGAAGUGAAUUCCUCUGUGUCCCCAUACAGCUGGCAGCCCUUAGAAAACCAGAAGGAUUCACUGGAUGAGCAUCACUGGCCAGAAACACAGCCAGUGAUAUGGCAGAAUGAGGAAAGGAGGAGAAGUAAACAAAUCAGAAAAGAGUAUUUCAAGUAUAAGUCUUCCAGGAAGAGUUCAAGUGGCAAUGAAAACGAUGAGCAAGACAGUGAUAAUACUAAUGUGUCCCCACAGUCUCCUGUGUCGUCUGAGGAUUAUGAAAGGACAGAGAGUAACAUUCAUGGUCCAUUUGGUCUCAAACCAAGGUCAGCUUUCAGCCGUGCGUCCCGCCAGGACUACGGAGCGGUGGACCCUGGCUUCACCAUGCGGAGGAAGAUGGAGCACUUGAGGGAGGAGAGGGAGCAGAUCAGGCAGCUGCGCAGUAAUCUUGAGUCGAGGUUGAAGGUGAUCCUGCCAGAUGACAUUGGAGCAGCACUGAUGGACGGGGUCGUGCUUUGCCAUUUAGCUAACCACAUCAGGCCACGCUCUGUUGCCAGCAUCCACGUACCCUCCCCAGCAGUGCCUAAACUCAGCAUGGCAAAGUGCCGAAGAAAUGUUGAAAACUUCCUUGAUGCUUGUAAAAAAUUGGGAGUUCCACAGGAGAGACUUUGCUUGCCUCAUCACAUUCUGGAAGAAAGGGGUCUGGUGAAGGUUGGCCUCACAGUUCAAGCUCUGCUUGAGCUGCCUGCAUUGAAAGUAUCUCAGCUUUCCUCCAUGUGA